AUGUUGAAAGAAAAGGCGUCGGAUAACGGCGUACCUCAAACUUCUCUGAUCAUUAUGCCCUUCCUCUACGGUGCGGUUGUGAGUUCUGGUCUGAAGUAUCGAUUUGUUAUUGCUCUGCUGCUUGUAUAUAUUGUCUAUUCACACUGGCGACAUAAUAAUGAUCUCAUGUUGAUUAUAGAAAAGGCUGGGAAUGAUCUGACGUCGUGUCAAAACUACGCCGAAAGCUUGGUGGCAAAGUUACGUGUUGUAUUUGAACAUAAGAGCAAAAUGGAGAAGAUCUUUAAUUCAAAGCGGAUAGCUUCGCAAGGAAAAAUGAAAGUCAUUUCAGCAGCUGAAGUUAUGUGGCGGUCUUGUGAAGAGAACCUGACUUUAGUAGCGGCCCAACUUGCUGACUGCCAAAACAGCAAAGAAGGUCAAAUCGCUCAACCAGAAAAUGCAGAUAUAACAGAACUACAGUCAGAGAUUGCUGCCCUAAAAGCUGUUAACGCGAGUUUAACCGAAGUUGUGCUACGAAAAGAAGAAGCAAUGCAGGGCUGUAGCAAAGAAAUGUUACGGCUAAGGAAGUCGCUCUCCAGUUGUGAAGAUAUGAUGAAGAAAUAUGUUGGUGCAGUCCCCGUUGCUCAUUAUACCCAAAACGAAACGGCGUUUUUCGAAAGGAAACAUAAAGCUGGGGAUGCGUUAGCGUUUGAUCGGAAUCCAGAAGCAUUCAAACGGGUAACAUUGUUACCAGCCAAAGAGUUGGUAGCUAAAUUAGCUGAGAAAGCACGACAUAUGAGAAGAGGUGAAGAAGCGGACAAACAUCCGGAUGAUCGGGAGAAGAACGAUGAGAGCAUCGAUGAGAGUCAUCAUCAAUGCCAUAGAUCAGUUGCGUUUGUCCACUUCUCAUGA